UCGUAAAAUAAGGAAAUGUGACUAUCGAGUCUCCAACAAGCUUUAUGCAGGAAGUUUGUGACUUUACUCAAGACUGACAAUAACCGUAUCAUGGCUACACUAAAUCAAACAGACGAUAAAGAGUGUGAAGUGUCAUGUUCGCAAAAUAACCCACAGUCGACGGUUGAACAUCCAAAUGAACCUGACUGUCAGGCUGACAAAGUUGAAGAGGAAUAUGUUUUAUUCUUUGGAAAAGACUCGCCGUUUAGCCAACACCAUCCUGCCGAGUUUGAGAUCGACGGGAUCACGUUUAACUGCGCCGAACAGUACAUGAUGUAUAUGAAAGCAGUUACAUUCAAAGAUGAAGAAAUCAAAGAAAAGAUUCUUCAAGCGACAAAUCCAGUUGUUCAAAAGCGACUUGGAAGAAAAGUUCGGAACUUUGAGUUGGACGUUUGGAAAAAAAAGUGUGAGGAAAUAGUGAAACGUGCCACGGAACAAAAGUUUUCACAAAAUGAGGACCUAAAGAAGCAACUACUCGCCACCUCCCCAAAGACUUUUGUGGAGUGUAACCACAGAGAUUGCGUGUGGGGUAUAGGCCUGGGUGUGAAAAACCCCGCGGCUAGAGACAGGACACAGUGGCGCGGAAAGAAUUUGUUAGGAUUCAUUAUUACUGAGGUCCGUAAUGAACUGUUGGCUGAAGCACAGAAAUAGACAUCUUGUGCUUAAACCACACGGCCGUAUACAGCGGACUGGGGUGGGGGUGGGGUGGAGAGGGGGAGGGACAAGAAAGUUUGAAAAUGCCAUUUUUAUCGUUUUGGAAAAGUCGCUAUAUUACUGUACUCAGAUUGUAGGUUUUUUUUUUUUUUUUACUGUUGCCUGCCUUUCCCUCCCCCACUUCCUCUAACUUAUUUUAGGCUGAGUACACUGUUGCCAGGCAAUCUGACCUUCACCUUGAUGUUAACGAUUCCAUGUACCGAGAUAGAAUAUUAGCAAAACAACUGCAUUCUGAGAAUUAAUAUAAUAACCAUUUAAUUGUUAGCUUCUCUGGAAAUAAGCGUAAAUUAUGAACGAAGGAGAAAUUUGAAAUCUUGAGGCUGUAAUAAUUUGAUUUUAUUGAGACAUGACGAAAGAGUAGACUGGUUUAUUCCGGGCUCGGUAUUGUGCAAUUAAAUAACACUUCAGUUAUCAACAACAUUGUCUGGAGCCUAUACACUGUAUUCUGGUCCGGGGUGGGGUGGGGAGUGGGUUGACACUAACGUUAAUCCCAUUUGUGUUUCUGUGUGAAGCAGUACCCGUAACUCCUGUUAUGUGCUAGAAUUUUAUUAUCUUUAAAAAACCCAAAACAACCAACAACCGAAAAACAACAAGAAGAAACAAACACCUUAAUAACAAAUAAACCCAAAAAAAUAAAAAUACAAUCGACAAAAUACAUGUAGUCGAAACCCAUUGUUUUAAAAGAUCAGUUUUUAAGUUCCAGAUGCCAGGAAAAUGCGUUUUAAGCUUUCCGAGAUUUCAAACUUUCUGGGAGAGCAUGCCCCUAGACCCCCAUACAAAGCUCGGUCGCUUCGCGCCCUCGGGACAACUUCAUAUUCAAAAGGCCCCAGCAAAUACCUACUUGCCCCCCCCCCCCCCCCCCCCUCCCCUCACUGGAAAUACCAACAGUACAUGAGAAAGACUCUUUCGAUGCUUGACGAAGUAUGUAACAACGUGUUUGAUGGGGGGGUUUUGACGGAUUUUAGGAGAAUGUGAUUUGGUCUCCCUACACGGUUCACUUCCGGGUGAAAGUUCAUUCAUCACGAUCCAUUAUAGUUCCUAAUUGUGACAUAUGUUGUAGUUCACAUAUUCACUUGUAAUAAUUGGGGAAUAAUUAAAACAAUUUGUAUAUUUCAAUGGUAAGCCUUCUGGCUGGACUUUGCCCAUGUUAUUUUGUAAUAUUGUGCAUUGACUUUUUGGGACAUGGUUGUCUAGCAGAAUUAGAAUAUAUCGUCUCUUGAAUAUAGGUAGUACUAAAUCAAAUAACUUCCGACUGGUACGCACCUCGAACCUUUACUACAGAAGUUAACACCAUAAGUCCUGUGAUUGGUGAUAAAUGUGAGUGUGUUGCUUAUACAAAAAAAAAAAAAAAAACCCAAUUCAUCUGGGCAAAACAUGUAUGCAAUUUUAUUUCAACUAGUACCACUGUGUCAAGUAGCCUUGUGCUUGAAACAUGUAUGGGGUACCUGUAAAGGAAAGUACUCAAAUUCUGUGCGAAACUUAGGGGUGUUGUAAAAACAUCUGGUUAUACCGAAAUUGAGCCAUGAAAGGUACCAUUUUCUUCAGUUAAUACUUUGAAGUAUGGGUUGUAGUACUGAUAUUUAUGGGUCAUAGUUUGGUUGAUAUAUUGCAUAUAGUGUUUUUAAACACAAACGUUAACAUGGGCGCCUAUGGGAUUUUAUUAGGGUAUAAUACAACCUACAACCAGAUACUGUAUCAUAUAGCAAAAUACUGAGACGGUAAUGUUCUCAAUUUUGGAAUGAAAAUAAAUGCUUAUAUAAUGUAUCUUCGAAAUGGUGUAUGUUGUUAGUGCCAACGAGAACUCGUCUAUUAUCUCCAUUUGAAGUUGGGUAAUUUAACAUUAAUUGCAAUCGCAGAUGAAAUCUGUGUAAUGACACCAUUUCUCUAACUUUUAUGUAAAACGGGAGUUAUUUCCCUUUGAACAUUAAGCCCACAUUUACGCUAUAUGUUUUUAUAUAACUAGUGAUUUUAGCACUCUUUUAUUAAUUUUUAUGCAACAUUUCCUGCUUGGGGGCAACAUAUCCUAAAAAAGCAUAACCCCUGUUGUCCAGAUCUUUCUCCCAGGGUAUUGGUUUAAACAAACACACCCUCUAAAUGACAAAAAGAAACAUUCAUUGUUAACAAGUGACAAGUUUUCAAACUACAUGCUCUCCCUUGUCAACUUGAGUUUAAUUGUUGUCACUUGUCACAUCAAAGUUAAAGUUUGUUUUGUUUAACGACACCACUAGAGCACAUUGAUUUAUUAAUCAUCGACUUUUGGAUGUCAAACAUUUGGUAUUUCCACAUCAAAGCUGUCUGCCAAACAGCGGAUUACCUGUGCGGAUGUAUUUUUGUAACUGGCCUAUGGCCAUCAUGACAUCAGUUUUUCAGAAUGAAAGGUGUAUUUUCAAUGUUCUAGGUGCUAUUUUUACAUGUUUUUUAAACAAAUAAGUACACAUUAAUUGGUCCCACGUGUAAUCUUUGCAAGAUUAACUCAAGAACAUAAAAAUUGUCACGUGUUGCAACUGCGUAGGCCUAAACCAUGUUUUGUUUUGGUUCUUUUUUACGAAAAUCCUUUACCAAAAAGAUAAUUACAAAUGUACUUUUUUUUUUACAUCUCGUAUUUUCAUUAAAAGAGCAGCCAGUGAUGUCAUGCUUUAACCUGUCGGUUACCCUUGUUUAAAUGUGCAGUAAUAUAAGGUUGUAAAUAGUAUAUGAAAUUAUUUGAAUGUAACGGGGUUUUUUUUUCAUGCAAUACAACGUAUAAUCUUUACCUUUCACAAGAAAAAUCAAUACAUAUUUCUGGUCGUGAUGCAACUUUGAGGCUGCCUCUUUAAACUGUUUGUGUAUUAACGUCUUUGGACUUUGGUGGUUCUUCCACAUCUAUCCGGGUGUUGUACAAUUAAAAUAACAAGUGUAAACGAUUGUUUUUGCACUUACAUAGUUUGUGAAAUAUUUUCCCCCUCUCUCCCUUCCCCCCCCCCUCUCUCUCUCUCUCUCUCUCUCUCUCUCUCUCUCUCUCUCUCUCUCUCUCUCUCUCUCUCUCUCUCUCUUAAUUGGGUCUUAUGACUAAAUUUGUGUUAUUGAAUGUAUGUGUUAAUAUCUGCCAAGUGUUUUAUCUUUGUUAUAUUAAAAGACUAAAUUUA